AUGAGGAGACCCCAGACCCAGAGGAAAUCGACGAAUGCCGGAGCUAUGAUGCAAGGAUCUAAAUACAGCCUCGAGGUCCAGGAACUUGCUCGUUUCGCUGUCUCCUACCAUAACGAGAAACAGAAUGCAUCAUUGGAAUAUAAGAAGGUAACGAAUGUCGAGGUACAACCGGUGGCAGGGAUAUUGUACUACAUAACGCUAGAGGCGGCAGAUGGUGGUCAAAACAAGGUAUACCAGGCCAGGGUGUGGAUCCAGCCAUGGAUGAAAUUUAAGUCGGUUCAGGAAUUUAAGUAUGUUGGUGACGCCUGA